AAAGCAAACAUUUCAUUUGGAGCAUUAAAUAAAAGUGAAUUCUGAAACCCUGCUAAGCUAUAAUAGCAUCCUUCAUUCUGGCUCUCCGGUUAUUUAAUGAUCAUCACUGUCGACAGUUUGAUUUGAGUCGACGGCAAAACUUGACAUGAAACUUCCCGGAGAUUUACUUCGCAGAGAUCCUCACACCCUCAUCUGUUAUUUCUCUCUCCAGCUUCUCUUUUGCUACCGAGGUACCAACUGUCGUUAAAGAUGGCGAACUCUUUCACACGCUUGGUCUCCGGACGCCACGCGGCCGUGGUGUUGGCCAGUUUGGGAGCAGGAACGAUGGCGGCCGGCUUCCUGCUGAGCGAAAACGGCUCGCUGGCUGCUGAGGCGAGGAUGAAGCUCUACCCGCCCAGCUCCGACUUCCCCGACCUGAGGAAACACAGCAACUGCAUGGCGGCGGCUCUGACUCCGGCCAUUUAUGCCAAACUGAGGGACAAGGUCACCCCCAACAACUGGACCCUGGACCAGAGCAUCCAAACCGGAGUGGACAACCCGGGCCACCCUUUCAUCAAGACGGUGGGCUGUGUGGCUGGUGAUGAGGAGAGCUACGAGGUGUUUGCUGAACUCUUGGACCCCAUCAUCAAAGACCGGCACAACGGCUACGACCCCAAAACCAUGAAGCACCCCACUGACCUGGACGCCUCCAAGAUCACCAAUGGCGUGUUUGACGAGAACUACGUCCUGUCGACCCGUGUCCGGACCGGCCGCAGUAUCCGCGGGCUGAGCCUCCCCCCGGCCUGUUCGAGGGCGGAGCGCCGCGAGGUGGAGCGCGUGGUGGUGACGGCCCUGGCCGGCCUGAAGGGAGACCUGGCCGGACGCUACUACAGCCUGGGAGACAUGACGGACAAGGAGCAGCAGCAGCUCAUCGACGAUCACUUCCUGUUCGACAAGCCCGUGUCUCCGUUGCUCACCUCGGCCUUCAUGGCCCGAGACUGGCCCGACUCCAGGGGCAUCUGGCACAACAAUGAGAAGACCUUCCUGAUCUGGGUGAACGAGGAGGACCACACCAGGGUCAUCUCCAUGGAGAAGGGAGGCAACAUGAAGAGAGUGUUUGAGAGGUUCUGCAGUGGACUGAAGAAGGUGGAGCACCUGAUCCAGGAGAGAGGCUGGGAGUUCAUGUGGAACGAGCGUCUGGGCUACAUCCUCACAUGUCCCUCCAACCUGGGCACCGGCCUCAGGGCGGGCGUGCACGUACGCCUGCCAAAACUCAGCAAGGACCCACGCUUCUCCAAAAUGCUGGACAACCUGCGGCUGCAGAAGAGAGGCACAGGUGGAGUGGACACGGCUGCUACCGGAGACACCUUUGACAUUUCCAACAACGACCGUCUGGGCAAAUCUGAGGUGGAGCUGGUCCAGAUGCUGGUCGAUGGGGUCAACCACCUGAUUGAGUGUGAGAAGAAGCUGGAGAAAGGACAGGACAUCAAAGUCCCAGCUCCCAUCACUCAGUUCAGGAAGUAGAAAAGCUGGACUCAUGGUGGCAUUAGUGUUAACAACCUCAGACCGACAUCCGCUACAGAGGAGGUGGCGUCUUUAUUCCUCCCUACAAAGAUUGCAAAUCUUAAGGUUGACCUAAUGUUAGACAUGAACUACAGUUAGGCAGGAAUUCUACCUCAAGUUUAAGGUCUUCACUGUAACCCUGACUUCAAUAAAGCCAACAGUAUUAAACACUUUAACUGUGCUGCGUUGUGCUUGUGAAACGCUUACACUAAUAGCUAGCAUACACACAGCUAGUAAUUAUAAAAUUAAAUUAUAAUAAUUUAGAAGCAUUUUUUUUUAAUUUUCAGGGUAGAGAAACUUCAAUGAAAACUUUGCACAGAUUUGUACUUUUCUGUUGCUUUGUACUUCUAAAUUGUACUUGAGUAAAUGUACUUUGUUACAUUCCACCACUGCUACUGGCCUACAGCUAACUGACCGACUCCAUGGCAUCAUACUUCCUGUUU